AUGCCUUCCGGAUAUAAAGGUUACUUUAAAUUAAAAGCUGUGUCAAGAAUAAAGUAUUUAAGUAUUCCGGUGUAUCUAGUAUCGGGUAAGAGUAAUUUCACAAUAUUCACGAACAAUGCUGAUACCGAAGCAUAUUUCAAAAGUCAGAUAGUGGAUGGAAAACCUAAUCAGAGCAGUAUUGGUGAUGAUGUAGGCCUUCUUGCAAAACUCAACUCUUCAAAGUACAUUGUCUUUUACUAUAGCAUGCACCAUGUGAAAUCAUUCGAGAUUGACUUUGCGCUUCUUGAAAGAUUACAAAAGACUAUGAAAAACAAACAGUUGCAAAAUAACACAUUUAUACUUGAUCCAAAGGAAGAUCUGCCGAGUCAUCCAUCUGCAAUUUUUGAAAAAGUCUUACAAAAGAAACAACAGCAGAGGCUAGGGUCCAAUCCUUUCUUAGUACAAAAUGCUGGGCUGAAGCUGCGGCUGUUGCUGUCUCUCUCCACUAAUGAAUCAAUCACGAUGGCUUUAAAUAAGCUCAUUUCGUCGGGACUUCGAUUGAGAGGUUUAUCAUUGAAUCAAGCCUCAUCGACAAACGAAAAGUUGAAAAUCAAGGAGAUUCAUCAAAUGACGCUGAAAGCUGCCUUGUUCUCUUUGAGAAAGUAUAACACCAUUAGCAAUAGUAGUAACGCCAGCAGCAAUAAUAACACGCGUGAAGGGGAAUCGAGAAGAAAACAUCCUAUACAGCUAUCUGAUUUACAAGAAACUGUUGAAACUUUACUACAUUUGUUUGUCGAUCUCGAAUAA